GAACUAUCUAUUUUUAAUUUCAAUGUAGGUCCAUGAUUAAUGUGUUUGAGUCCAUUAAGGUUUGGAUGUUGUCAUUGCGACUGGCAGCAUCGUUACGUCAUUGCGGAUCUUCAUUAGCACGUCGACCACCCGCGAUCCUAUUGAAACCAUGUAGAAAUAUAAACAGGGUCCGCUUGCUUCAAGUCGCAUUUGGCACCACUGUCUAUGCAGUCAUCAAUCUAAGACGAGUACGAUGUGAAGCUCUUGUAGACAAUCCUUGGCUUCUUACUCCACAUGUGAACGAUCCAGUAAACACAUCCGAUAAGAAGCCGAUUUUGGAAAAGCGAUCGAUUUUCGUCCAAGUAGCCCAUCUACCAUGGUAUAUAGUGAGUGGUAGCUGGGAGAUCAUUAGGAGAACCUUGAGGUGCAUAGCAUUAGCUUUUCGAUUUCUACCUCUAGUUUUCACUUAUCCAUUGACUACUCGAUUUGAAAAAUUCAAUGACUUUUGGUGGACAUGUACUCUUUUAGCAAUACAGAGCAGUGGACCUACCUUCAUCAAACUUGGACAGUGGGCUGGCACUCGCAGAGAUAUAUUCAGCAAAGAAUUCUGUGAUAAAAUGUCUAUAUUGCACACAAAAACAAAAAGGCAGCGCUACUUUCGCGAUUGUGAUGCGAUCUUGGAUGAAGUAUUUGGUGAAGGAUUUGCCAAAAAACACAAGAAAGAUGUUUUUACUCAUAUAGAACCAUAUUCUAUUGGUUCUGGUUGCAUCGCAGAGGUGUACAAAGCAACAGUGAACGUUCCUGCGCUAGAGAAGGCUACUGGGAAAAAAUUUCCGCAACUAGGGAACGCGGAAAAAGAAGUCGCUAUCAAGGUUGCUGACGAUGGCGUUGAAGACAUGAUCAAUCUCGAUUUGUCGAUAAUCCAUUCCGGAGCCAAAUUCUUGCUCAUGUUAAUGCCAUCACUUGGUUACUUGGAGCCUCUUUCGGCCUUAGAACAAUUUGAAAUGGUGUUGCGACGUCAAGUGGACCUUCGCAAUGAAGCCAGAGCUUUGCAGAAAUUCUCUGAGAACUUUGAUCAUAAAAAGACGGGCGUCAAAUUUCCAAUCGUCAUCGGGUAUACAAAAAAUGCGAUAGUGGAGACAUUCGAACGUGGAAUGUACAUUAAUCGGCUUGUAGCUGAUGAACAUGAUCCUGAGCUUGCUGCUCGUCAAUCGCCUCAAGUACGCCGAAAAAUUGCCUUGCUAGGUGCACGAGCUCUUCUGAAAAUGAUUUUUGUGGAUAAUUUUGUACACGGAGAUUUGCAUCCGGGAAAUAUUCUGAUACGAUUCAACGAGGAUCAAGAUUAUCUGCCUGGUGUUCAUAGCGCGCUUCCUAAAGAGACGUUCAUCGAGCGAAUGACUGAGUACAUUCGCGAUCUACUCAAAUGGCGAACAGAACCAAGAAUUCGAUUCACGGAUUCCCUAGAACUUGUCGAUGAACCUACAUUGAUUAUGUUGGACACUGGAAUUGUUGUAAUGGAGACAGAGAAAAAUUUAAAAAAUCUAAAAGCUUUGUUCAGAGCCAUCGUGGAGAAACAGGGCUACAAAGCUGGCCAAGUGCUGCUCACCCACUCCGAUAAUAAUAAAAAUUGCCGUAAUCCGGAUGAGUUUUGUAAAAAAGUGGAAAAGAUAGUGGAGAAGGCAAUGAAAGAACGAUCGCUUAGAACGUUGAAUAUCUCGGCACUGUUGUCAGAAAUGUUUGCAUUAGUGGCAAGCUAUCGCGUCUACCUCGAUUCGUCAUUCACAUCUCUGGUGCUCUCCGUUAUGGUUUUAGAGGGAUUCGGACGAUCAUUAGAUCCAGAUCUCGACUUAUUCCAGUGUGCCCGACCGUAUCUUCUGAAUAUGAUGUAGGUAGUUUCGUUCUGCAGAUUUGCGCAUGUUCUUUCUCAUUCCGUUGCGAUCUCCGCAAUCGCAUAACGAUUGCUGGUGGUUCUUCGUGGCUUAAUUCAGCAAUUCGAUUGCUUGAUUGUAUUCAGCGCUUUUGUUUGCUAGGGUUGAGUACAUUGACUCAAUCACUCCCUUUUGUUCAUCUCUGCAAGCGGGAAUUUGAUUGCGAAUUCAAAUCUGUCUGUUUGUUCGUUCUUUUUUUUUCACAUUCACUCAGGUGGUUCUCCUAAAUUAACUUGUGAAUUGUAUACUUGUGAAAUAGUCAUGUAACAGAAUAGUGAUAUCGUCCUACAAAGGAAUCUCACUAGUCCUAGACGUCUAUAUAAAAGUUUAGUUGAGUCAUCUGCUCCUAUG